AUUAUAUUGGGGAUAUAUACCGCUCGCGUCCCUGUACACCUCGCGGAGUAUUAUAGUAGAUAUAGUAUAGUUAGAUACGUUGUUAAUGUUAUGUUCCUUGAUAGAUAGUUUAUGUCUGCCGAUCGCCCGUCCCUUUGCCUGUCUUAACUACGUAUUUGGAUUACGAUUUGGAUUUGUCUGCCUGCCCUUAAAUAAAUACGUCUUUACCUGCUUCCAUACUCUACUCCCUUACAUCUCGCGACGUAACAGAAACAAAUCAAACGCACGUUUACAGAGUAAACAAUGUCACGGUUGUCAACAUCCGAAGAGCAUACGCUCGAUCACCACUCGUGUACGUAGCUCGUGCAUGCGCGCGCCCCCUCACCUCUCCGAGCGCGCUGCCGGAAGUAGAGGUCGUGACAUUCGCGCGUCUCACUCUGGUUGCUAGGCUAUUUAGUCGCGUCAUCAAACACGUCACUAUUCUGUCAAAUUUAUUCGGCCUUUUCACUUAUUCGGUCGAACACUGAAAGUGCUUUUUUUCUUUUUUUUUGCUAUUUUCGGCCGAAUAAUUUCGUUUGCCGAACAUUCGGUGCAUCCCUAAAAUAAUCAUCAGCAUCCUCAUCACAGCACCAGAUUCUCCUGUUUGAUCCUGAUCCUGGGUUACUGUCUGUGCAGGGUUUCUGUGCAUAUUCUGCCUUACCAGGAUUCAUUACUGAAAAUGGAGAAGCUGCUGAAUCAGUGGUUGUGGUCGCAGGAGUUCUGGCUUCCUCCAACUAUUACAUGGCACGACAUUGACAACGGCACAACGGGGGGCAAUCACCAGCCUCUUCCCCGCGACCUGCUUGUCGCUCUUCCUCUGGCGCUGGGGUUCAUUGCUGUCCGCUUUGCUUUCGAAAGGGUGGUGGCUCUGCCCCUAAGCAGGAAGCUGGGAGUGUUUGACAGGGUGCAGGUCCGAGUGCUGCCCAACCCCAAGCUGGAGGCUUUUUACAUGCAGAGGAAGAAACACUUUACACAGAGCGAGCUCAUGGGCCUGGAGAAGCAUUGUGGACUCACAAUGCGUCAGAUUCAGAACUGGCUCAGGCUUCGCCGCAACCAGGACAAGCCGAGCAAUACCAAGAAGUUCUGCGAAGCUUCGUGGAGGUUUGUUUUCUACCUCAUCGCAUUCACGGCAGGACUCACCUUCUUGAUUGAUACAGCCUGGUUUUGGCACUACCGCGAGUGCUGGCGUGGAUACCCCAAACAACCUGUGGCUGAUUCGCACUACUGGUACUACAUUCUGGAGCUCAGCUUCUACUGGUCGUUGCUGCUGUGUGUCUCUGUGGAUGUCAAACGCAAAGACUUCAAGGAGCAGAUCAUCCAUCACAUUGCAACCAUCUCACUGAUUAGUUUCUCCUACUGCGCCAACUUUGUACGGGUUGGAACAGUUGUGAUGCUGCUGCACGACUCAUCCGACUUCCUGUUGGAGUCUGCCAAGAUGUUUAACUACGCUGGCUGGAAGAAGACAUGCGACAGCCUCUUUGUUGUUUUUGCUGUGGUUUUCCUGGGAACUCGCCUUAUUGUCUUUCCAUGCAGGGUGCUUUACUCAACAUUCGUGGAGUCAUUGGAUUUCUUCAAGCCAUUCCCUGGUUAUUACCUCUUUAAUGGCCUCCUGCUGGUGUUGCAGGCACUGCACAUUUUCUGGGCUUAUCUCAUUCUGCGGAUGCUCUACAAAUUCAUCUUUUUGGGCAAAGUGGAGAAGGACGAGCGGAGCGAUGAUGAGAGCGAUGUAGAAGAGGAGGGAGAGGACAGUGGCAUGGAGGGAGAGUGUUGCUGGGAGCAGAGCAACGGAACCCUCAACUCCAAGCUCGGCUCACUGGCUGACAACUGUGUCCUCAACAACCUGACCCAUCAGAGGAGAAACAUGAACAGCAGACUGCCCAAAGCCAGAUAGUAUUCCUCCUCCACUUCACUGUUAAUAUUUAUUACAAGCCAUCCUUACAUAAAAAAGACACAUAAGAGCAUUUUUAUGCACUGUUUUAACAGUAUAAGAUAGGAAUUUCAGGUAUUCUUGAAAUCUGUUUAUUUCUCAUGAAAGGUACACAGCAGCAGUCUUUGCUGUGUUUUAAAGGGAUACUCCAAGUCUUUUGAAUCUAAUCUCUAUCCAUUACAUCUAUAUUGCAUUUAACACAGUUCAUCAGUUUGACACUUUUCCCUGUACUAAGAAAAGAAUCAAACCCUUUUUGGGUUUGUGCAAUUGUUAUAAUAUAUUGAAAAUGUGUGAAUUUAUUAUGUGAAUUAAACACUACAGCCUUUACACAGUACAGGUUUUAGGAUGAGGCAGACAGUUUAAUGGAAGACUGGAGCAAACAUUCAUCCACUCAUUUUUUCAGUAAAGGAACUUCAAAAUACUCCUCCAUGGUCUCAUCCAUGGCACUUACAACACACAUGCAAAAGAUUUAGUGUAAAAAAAAAAAAACUGGAGUAUUCACGUAAACAUUCUAAGCGUGUUGGUAUUACUCUCUAUUAUAGAGAGUAUUCUUACUCUAUAAAAAGGUGUGUUAAUUGUGAAAUAAAUCCAGCAUAUGGAAUGCAUUACAUUCCUAGCAAGAAAUAAUGGCAUUUUAAAAAAAGUACAAACAAAAAUAAUCCUACAAUUUAGGCGUAGCUCAGAAAACCUUUCCAUAUAAACUUAAUGUUGUUUAAUUGUAUGUUUCUAAUGAAGUUAUUCAGUGUUAUAAUGUAGAAAAGACAGAUAGCAUUUAGGUAGCUUUUUCUAACAGAGGGAUCCCAGUAUUUCAUUCUUUGCACUGUUGAAUUUUCACAAUAGAAAUCCCAAAAUGGCACUGGUUUACCUUCUUAAAGCUGAAUCAUCACCAAUGUUUUCCUACAUAUUCAUAUGUUCAUACUUUUUUCUUCUUUUUUUAUUUGAGAAGACUCAUCCCCGCCUAGUGAUGGACUCAGCACUGACCUUCUUGACUUGGCAACUUCUCUCUAUGAAAAAUGCCUUUCAUGAUUUAUUGAUUCAUGAGAUCUUAGUGCUUUGCAUUAUGCAGACCUGCUUGCUCAGCUCUUUCUGCAGUAUCUGCAACUCAGCUUGCCUUACAAGACCAAAAGAGUCCUUGUUGUGUCCAUAUAAUCUGAGCAGUGUGUUUGCUCUUAAACAUUUGGUCAUCUUAUUAUUACGAAUACUAGGAAUAAUAGCAUUGUCUGAUAAUUUGGACGGGACUGCUCAUUUUGCUUCUUUAAAACAGAUUGGCUUUGGAAACAGUUCAGGAGCUGAUGGGAACAAAUAAUCCAUACCAAUAUUUAAAGCAUAGUUUAGUAUGUGCCCUUACCUCAAUCAUUAACAGUAUAGUUUAGACAAAAAUGUUAACAAGGCUAGCAACAGUGAGUGUUGCGAUUCGGACUGAACAAUGCCUUGAAUACUGAUGUAUAGCUCUAAAAUCACCUUACCCAGAGCCAUUUUAUUCUGAAAAGUAUUGGUAUGACUGUGGUCACAUAAUGGCCCCCUGAGUUUAAUUUGCUUGAAGCGCAUUAAAGAGGAAGUGGUUUGUAUUGUGCUAUCCAAUAGGCAUGUGGCCGUUCUACUGCAGGUGCUUACUUAGCUUGUCUGUUAUUUGCACUGUAGUUAAUACUGAACCUUCUGCUUGUGAGCCACUAUCUGCAGGGCCUUGUACUUAUGAAAUGUCUUAAGAGUACAGUGCUGGUCUGGGGUCAGUUUUGCCUUUAAUGACCUAACAAUAGGAAUACGCUAUGGAGCUGGUCCUGGCCCUUGUUCUUAACUGACUUGUAAUUUCUUUCUGUAUAAAUAAUCUCAGUUACUUCACUGUGUAGUUGAAGCCCCAUGUUUGUUGUCAUUUAUAUUGCAGUGAUACCAGACAAGGCAUUUAUUGGUAAGUCUGUGAGGGAAAAUGCAUGGCUGGGUGUGGUGAUAUGCCACACCCGGUUGUUAUACAAGUUCCAGGUGUAUUCUCUUUAUUUACUUUAACAUAAAUAAAUCAGUACAAAAGUGCUAAAACAACCACUCCUUUUUCCUAAUUGAUAGGAUCUGACUCUAUAUUUUUUUUAAAAAUUGCAAUUGAAAAAGUUUGUGGUAUUGUUUAAUCAUGCAUCUGAAAGAAAUU